UUACUCGCGGUCUGUCUCUCAUGACACAAGAAAAAUGGAUUUCUAUUUUUUCCUCAACUAACGCCAAGAUUCUUUACUUACAACUUUUCCCUAUUCGUUUUCUUCUCUUCGAUCAUUGGUUGUUGGUGGGGUUUGGCUGUUGACUCGAAUUCCUUUCUUGUAAUACCAGCGCAGCUCAAGCAAUUUCGGGAGCAACAAAAGGCAAAAGAUUUCUCUUCCCCUACACCAACAAAUACUAAAGCCACACCAACACCAUUCUCAUCAGCCUUAGAUGCUGCAGCGUCUUACAGAAUGGCGUCUCAGUCUACGGCUCCUCAUCCUCCACCUCCUCAGCCUCCAAAGGAGUCCUUUUCUAGGCGUUAUAAGUUCUUGUGGCCCCUUCUCUUGACUGUCAAUCUCACUGUUGGAGCUUACUUAUUCAUGAGAACAAAGAAAAAAGAUACAGACCUAGAGGAAGAAGUAGCAACCAAUGUCUCCACCCCUCCCACAGCCUCUCCACUUCCUGAGAAGCCCAUUUCAUUGCCUACAAUUGCAGAACCUGUGAAGCUGCAUGAACCAAUCCCUGAGAAUCAACAACGUGAACUGUACAAGUGGAUUUUAGAAGAGAAGAGGAAGGUCAAACCCAAAGAUCCACAAGAGAAGAGGCGCGUAGAUGAAGAUAAAGCUAUUCUUAAGCAGUUCAUUCAGGCAAAAUCCAUUCCAAGUAUUUAGGUGAAAUUUUUAGAACCAUCUCAUCUUUUGUAAUUACUGUUGCUUUGUUUUUGAUACAAGGGUGAUGUUUUUGUCAUCUUUAGCUUCAUAUUGACAAUUUACAGAUUGUACUUGGCUUUGUACAUAUAAUCAAUUUAAUGUCUUCGUGUGGUCAGA